AUGUCAGACCAGAAGCUUCUGUCCACGAAGCACAUCGCAGAACACAACAGUCCCGAAGACUGCUGGAUUGUGGUCGACAACCUGGUGUGGGACGUGACGGACUUUUUGGAGGAACAUCCCGGUGGAUCUACAAUCAUCUUGAAGUAUGCAGGUCGAGACGCAACAGAAGCCUAUUCAGAAGUCCACGCGCCCGGCGUAUUAAAGAACAACUUGAGCGCCGACAAACUCAAAGGCGUCCUUGAUGAGUCUACAAUUGGUGAAGAAUGGAUUAAGCCUCCACCAGACCAGAACCCACAAGUGCUCUUGGAUAACGAGAAGCCACCGCUGGAAACAUUGAUCAACUCGCAUGAUUUUGAGAUUGUCGCGUCAAAGACGGCGAAUAGCAAAACAUGGGCGUUCUACUCGAGCGCGGCGACAGAUUUGAUCACACGAGAUGCUAAUAAGUCGUGCUUUGACCGGAUAUGGUUCCGUCCGCGGGUGUUGAGAAACGUUCGCGAGGUCAACGUUCGUACGAAGAUUUUGGGAGGCGAUUACAAGCUGCCACUUUUCGUCAGUCCGGCGGCAAUGGCAAAACUGAUUCAUUCCGAUGGAGAGUGUGCUAUAGCGAGGGCUUGUGAAAAUAAAGGCAUUAUGCAGGGUAUUUCCAAUAAUUCAUCCUAUACCAUGGACGAAUUGACGACAGCCGCCCCUUCUACCAGCUUCUUCUUCCAGUUGUACGUCAAUCGCGACCGCGAAAAAUCCGCUGCUCUAUUACGUCAAUGUUCAGCCAACCCCAACAUCAAAGCCAUUUUCGUGACCGUCGAUGCUGCUUGGCCCGGCAAACGCGAAGCCGACGAACGCGUCAAGGCUGACGAGAGCCUGUCGGUCCCCAUGUCGCCCUCGAAGGCGCAGAACGACAAGAAAGGAGGCGGCCUUGGGCGAGUCAUGGCCGGCUUCAUCGAUCCCGGCCUGACUUGGGAAGAUCUCAAGUGGGUGCGACAACACACUCACAAGCCGGUAUGUCUCAAAGGUGUGAUGUCUGCCGACGACGCCAUGCUGGCCAUGAAAGCCGGCCUAGACGGAAUCCUACUCAGCAAUCACGGCGGCCGAAACCUCGAUACCAGCCCGCCGUCAAUCAUCACCCUCCUUGAGAUCCAUCGACGAUACCCAGAGGUAUUCGAGAAGAUGGAAGUCUACGUGGACAGCGGUAUCCGCCGCGGUACCGACAUCCUUAAGGCCGUAUGCCUGGGCGCAACAGCCGUGGGUAUGGGACGAAGCAUGUUAUUCGCGACAAACUACGGCCAAGAAGGAGUGGAGCAUUUGAUUGAUAUCAUGCGAGAUGAAUUAGAAACGGCGAUGCGAAACAUCGGCAUCACAUCCCUGGACCAGGCCUCUCCUGAGUUUGUGCACACGGGAGAUAUAGAUCAUCUUGUUCCGGCAUCCCGCUCGCACCCAUACGCUCGGACCAUAGCUAAAGGGCGAGGAGCCAAGCUUUGA